GACAUUUGGAGGCAGAGCAGGGGUCGGCCCUCGACGCGCUCGGGCUCGAUUGGCCAACCUCCCGCAGCUGCUGUAACGGUCGCGGAGGCGGGGCCGGAGCAGAGCUGUGCCAGGCUGGGCAGGCUGCUAGUGGGCGGCGGCGUCUGAGGAAGAUGAAGAUCGAAUGUGGGACAGGAGACUCAUUGAGUGAUCAUUUCAUUGAAAUCAACUUGAAUGACCACGUGUAAAGUGCACGAGUAAUAUGCUAUGCCUGAGGUGACUCAAAUUUUUUUUUAUUGCCAAUCUCUACUACUUUUGAUUCUACAAAAGAAACUAUGUUUCCAGCAGCCCCUAAAGCCCAGACGUCCGGUCAGUCAUCAAACAGACUCAUAACUGAAAAACAGCAAGAGGAAGCAGAAUGGGAAAGCAUAAAUAUGAUGUUGACGACGCAUGGCUUAAAACCUUUGUCCUUAGUCAAAAGGACAGAUCUUAAAGAUCUAAUCAUUUUUGACAAACAGUCAUCACAAACGAUGAGACAGAAUUUGAAAAUGUUGGUGGAAGAAACGUCACGUCAACAGACGAUGAUACAGGAGCUUGUAGAAAGUAAUCAGCAGCUUAAAAAUGAACUUCAGCUAGAAAAAAGCCGAGCAGCAGAUCAGGAACAACGAGCUAAUGACUUGGAACAAAUUAUGGAGAGUGUGAAAUCCAAAAUUGGUGAAUUGGAGGAUGAAUCCCUAAAUAGAGUUUGCCAACAACAGAAUAGAAUAAAGGAUCUUCAAAAGGAGCAGAAAGCUUUACAGGCAAAAUGCCAGCAUUACAAGAAAAAACGAAUGGAGCAACAAGAAUGUAUUGCUUCUUUGCAAAAGCAUAUCUAUAGAUUAAAAAAGGAGGAUGAAGAGCGUAUUGUCACUCAAAACAGAGUGUUUGCUUAUCUCUGCAAAAGAGUUCCUCAUACCAUCUUGGAUAGACAGUUGCUUUGCUUGAUUGAUUACUAUGAAUGUAAAAUUAAAAAAAUCCAUACACAAAGGCAAUAUAAAGAAGAUGAAAGUCAGUCAGAAGAAGAAAAAGACUACAGAAAUCUGGAUGCCUCACCAACUUAUAAAGGCCUUCUAAUGUCAUUACAGAAUCAACUGAAGGAAUCAAAUGCUAAGAUUGAUGCACUUUUAAGUGAAAAACUGAAGCUCCAAAAAGAUUUGGAAACCAGGCCCACACAACAUGAAUUAAGACUUUAUAAACAACAGGUGAAGAAACUGGAAAAGGCCCUUAAGAAAAACAUCAAAUUACAGGACCUUAUUAGUGAUAAAAGAGCCGAGGACACAGAGAAAAGAGAUGAGCCCAGCAAAUAUAGCCAGCAACAGGCCCUAAUUGACCAGAGAUACUUUCAGGUGCUGUGUAGCAUCAAUUCAAUUAUUCACAAUCCAAGAGCUCCAGUAAUAAUUUAUAAACAGAGCAAAGGAGGAGCCCAAAAUUUUAAUAAAGAUUUUGUUCAAGAUUGUGGAUUUGAGCAUCUUGUUCCUAUAAUAGAAAUGUGGGCAGAUCAACUGACAUCCCUAAAGGAUUUGUAUAAGUCCUUGAAAAUACUAUCUACAGAACUGGUGCCUUGGCAUAAUUUAAAGAAGCAGAACGAAAAUGAAGGUAUCAAAGUUGAAGAUUUGUUAUUUAUAGUAGAUACCAUGUUGGAAGAAGUUGAAAAUAAGGAAAAGGACAACAAUAUGCCAAACUUUCAAACAUUGCAAGCUAUUGUCUCUCACUUCCAGAAAUUAUUUGAUGUGCCUUCUUUAAAUGGAGUCUAUCCCCGAAUGAAUGAAGUUUAUACAAGGCUUGGAGAAAUGAACAAUGCUGUGAGAAACCUCCAAGAACUCUUAGAAUUAGAUAGUUCAUCCUCAUUGUGUGUGCUGGUAAGCACAGUUGGAAAAUUGUGUAGGCUGAUUAAUGAGAAUGUGAAUGAGCAGGUUAAGCAGGUAUUAGGACCUGAAGACCUCCAAAGCAUUAUCAACAAAUUGGAAGAACAUGAAGAAUUUUUCCCAGCAUUUCAGACAUUUACUAAUGAUCUACUUGAAAUCUUAGAUGUCAUUAAGCAUCUAAACAUAGACUGAUAUACUGAAUACCAGAUAUGUAGACAGCCUUCAGUGAUAAUUGUGAUUAAAAAAAAAAAUUCCUAUAUAAGUGGUAUGAUUGGCUGAGAAAAUUCCUACAUCAGCCAAGGUCCUUCUUUGUGGGGUUUGUUUAUAAGGUAGGUUCCUCAUUUAGUGAGAAAACAGGAUUUCAGAAUGGGAGGUCAGGGAAUAAUUUCAUACCUUACAACAAUGUAAGGGAUGAAUCAAAUUCUCCAUUGUAGGUUUGCUUAUAUCAUUUCCUUUCCUAUGUCUUGAUGCUUUGUAAGUGGUUCUAGAUAAGUAUUCUGACUGAAAUCAAGAGCUUAAAGAACUAAAUGAAUAGUGGGACAGCAUGGGUCAUGUGUUUUGGCUAAAAGGGAGAGCAAACAAAAUCCAGAUAAAGAAUGGAGAGAGUUAGAAUCUAAGGAAGCAUGUUUUAUGUAAAGGAAAUGAGUUUAUGAAUAAUGCCCUGGAAGAAUAAUCUAGAAAAAAGUAGUGGGCAUCUAGAACACCUGCCAUUGGGGCUCACCUUAAGUAGGGCUGGGGUCUGCUCUACUUCAGACCCCAGCCCUUCAUCAGUGGCCAAGAGCUUUAGAGAGUGAAUUCUGACUAAGGCUGGUUGGAAUAAGAUAGUCUUAGAAAAUAAAAUCAAAUUCAGAAAGAACCUGUCAGAGAAUAACUUUACGUGGUUUAUCUGGUAAGCUGGACCAGGCUAAGCUGUAUACUACAUUGCACUUAAUGUUUGUACCCUGAGGAGCCUCUCACCUUUUAUGAGGCAGAUACCUCUCAUCCUAAAAGGUAGACCUAAGUGUGAUCCCACUAAUGGGAAAUCUUCCCAAGAGACAAGACUAUGUUCUAUAAGAAGUAAUUACUAAGUCCUCAGAUGGAUACCCAGAGAAGAGACGUGUCUACCUGGAAUUUCACCAUGUGGGCACACACAUGUAGUUGUACAGAUGUAAAGAGCACUGACAUAUAAAUGUAGCCAGUUGGAUCUAUUAAUAAGAGUACACUGCUAAUGAGGUAAUACCAGAGUCAGAAGCUCCUUGUAGGCAUGUGGUAGCUUUUAUAAAGAGAUGUCCUAUGAAUCAUCUGUAUCCGAAUCAGUGAUAAUCUGUCACCACUAUUGGACAAACACUUCAUGUGCAUAAGAGCACCAGUAUUGUUGCCUUUAUGUUUGAGGUUUGCCUUUGCAUUGAGGUUCUCAUUUCAACUGAGCUUAUCACUAGAAAAAGUUACUCUUUUUU